CAUCUUUGUUCACAAAGAAGGCAAAUGGCUUCCAGAAGUCGGUAAUGGACUUGGUCAAUGGAGCAGCGAGUUGAAACCAGAUGAAUAUAUUGUACGCUUUGUCUCCUGUGGUCCCAAAGUCUACAGUUAUGAAACAAACACCGGCCGAAUUCAGCUGAAAGUUAAAGGCAUGACUCAGAACGGGUACACGGAAGAUGUCUUGAACGAUGAUCUGCAGCGCACUGGAGAGAAACUUGACUUUGACAAGUUGACCGAAAUCCUGAAAGGCGCUACAAUGCCGGUACGUAUCAGUUAUGUUAUUACUUUUGUUUUAGUUCUUAUUGAUUCCAGUGGUUUAACACAGGUUGUGUACCCUGAGUACAUCAAGCGGAACUUUAAAGCUCAAGAGAUUUCCACUGUCCGCUUGAAGAAACAUCUGCGCAUGGUGUACGACAAACGGGUUUUGUUGGAAGAUUUCACCACAGUUCCGUACGGUUUUAAGAAGCCGGACCCACAGCCGGCGUGAUGGAUUUGUAUCUGGAGGAUGCCACAACCAUGUGGUACGAGAUCAAGCGUGACUCGUACAUGGGAUUCCAUAAGAAGUCC